CUCUCGGCUCGUCGUCAGUCAGACAACUGAGGCACCCAAUCAAUGCUUGCUCUGGCUGCGCUGCAUGUGCCCACAUGCGGUCGGUCAUCAAGAGGAUGCGUAUUAAACUAGACAAGACAGACAGACAGGGUGGCGAUAAAUAGGGACUGGAGAUGCAUGCAUACACAUGGACACAGGAAGGCAGGCAGACAGACAGACAGACAGGGGAGAGAGAAAGAGACCGCGGGCACGGAACGGAGGCAGCACUGCUCUGUCUGGCGAGAGGGGAGGGGAGGGGGGCCGUUCGUUGUGAGUGUUGACCGACCCACCGAUAGACCCACCACCACUGGACCGCUACAGCUAUCCCUCUCUCUCUCUGUACUUAUUCGUCAUUGCUACGUACGCACCUCCCUCCCGCCCCCAUCAAUCAUGCAUUCACUCAUUAGGUAGUGAACAUGGACACGUUGCGGGUGUGUCGUGUCGUGUCGCCCGCGUCAUGUCAUUCACUGUGGCGUGAGGGUGGUGUCGCGGGGGGGCCUGCGAACGUCACGCCUGAACACACACGCACACACACACAGGAGCACCACGACAUGUGAUGUGCCACCGGGCCCCAUCGGAGUGUCUGUUAUGUGGCCCAGCCCAGCCCAGCCAGCGCACCUAGCGUCCUGUCUCUUGAGUUCGACCUUGAGGCGCUUGCGGCCCACCACGUAGCCGUUCAUGCCCUGGAUGGCAGCCAACGCCGACAUGUACGUCUGAUAGCACACAAACCUACACACACCACACCACACCACACCACACAAUAUGCAGAAGGGGGUGAGGCAGCUGGCUGGCUGGCUGAUUGGCAUACCCGAAGCCGCGCGAGAGCCCCGUGACGUUGUCGACGGCCACCUUGACCGACUGGAUGGGGCCGAACUUGCCGAAGUGGUGGUGGAGGUCGGCGUCACACCAGUCGGGUGGCAGGUGGAACACUGAAUGAACCACACACACACAAGCCACAACCACCAACAAGCCCUCACACACGCUCCCUCCCUCGUCCCUCCCUCCCUCCCUCCCUUCCCCCCCAUGUGUGUGCACUCAGCUCACCGAAGAGGUUGGUGGCGUCGUUGAAGCGGCCUCGUGAGCUGCUGUGCUGCGGGGCGCCCUGCGGGACCCCCCCUCUGAUGGCCAUGCCGUUGGGCGACAUCUCCACCAUGCCCGAUCGCGAGUAGGACGGCGUGAGCGCCCCGCGGUAGGCGAGCUCGUCGUAUCUCGAGUAGCCGCGCAUGCCCAUGGUGCUGCGGUAGCCGGUGGGGAUGUAUGGGGGCCACUCGUUGGGCAGGCUGGUGCCGAAGCGCGACUGCGGGUCCUCGUGGCCGUUGCUGGCGAUCUCGGGGAUCGACAGGGGCACUGCGGGAGGGGUGUGCUUGGGCAUCCGGGACGAUCCGGACGACGGCUUGGGCUGCUUGUACACGUAGGGGUAGCCGGACUGGUAGGGGUGCGGGAGGCCCUGGGCGGACGGCGAGGCGCCCCCGCCACCUCUGCUGAAGUCGAAUGAGCGCGGCGCGACGUGUGGGUAGCCGUAGGAGCCGUCGUAGGCCGGUCCGGGGUGCUGGGGGUUGAUGGGGCUGGGAGUGGGGGUGUUGCCGCGAGAAAGGGCGUGCUGCGCGUGGUGGGGGUAGUAGUUGAGGAACGCCGCCCCGGGUGAGGUGGGUGCGAGUCGGAGGUUGCCGAACUGGGAGGGGCUGGGGGCGAGGGGAGGGGCGCCCAGGUAGGCACGGGCAAACUGCUCCUCGCCACGCUUCAACUGAACCUGCACACAUCACAUACACACACGACAGACAGACAGACAGACAGAGGGAAGGGAGCAUUAGAGCGGUGGUGUGGUGUCUGUCUGGUGUGCGCGUCUGAGUGGUUACCUUGAGUCUCUUGCCCUCGACAGAGAAUCCAUCCAUGCCGGUGAUGGCGUGUAGGGCCGAGAUGGGGUUGUCGAAGUUGACGAAUGCGUACCCGCGGCUGUUGCCGUCGUCGUUGCGCGCCACACGCAGACUCACGAUGCGACCGUACUUGCCAAACAGCUGACGUGCGACCAUGACACAAACACAAACCAAACGCACAAGAGUGAGCGAGCCAAGGGAUGAGCGCUGCGCGUGUGGCUUCUGUGUGUGUGUGUGUGUCGUCUGUGUCAUGCGUGUACCUACCUCGCGCAGCUUGUCGUCAUUCCAGGCCGCAGGCACCUGAGAGGCGACAAGACAAGACAAGACACACCAAGGUACGUACAACACACCAUUCCAUUCAUUUAUUAGGUGGAUGGAUGUGCGAGUGGUGCGGUGAGUGCUCACGUGGAAGACGAAUAUGUUGCAGCCUCGGGGACCGUGCCGACCCUGGACCUGGCAGACACACACGCACACACAGAGCACCCCACCCAGAGAGACCCACAUGUGAAGGCGGCUCAGGCACGUGUCGCGUGCACACGACAUGCAGUGGUGUCGGACUGGACAUGGCCGUGUUAUGAGAUGAGAGUGUCAUCGGUUGGCCGCGGGAGGGAGAGGAAGGCCGACAUAGUGGAGUGAGAGAUAGAGCCGUGAGUGGAGGAGAGAGGAGCAGGGUCGGGUCGGGUCGCCUCCCACCCUCCCUCUCCCCUCCCCCCGUCAGUCAGUGUCGUCGUGGGCCUUACAUACCUUGUGGAUUUCUCCCACGACGUCCGACACCUCCUGGCUGCCGGAGAAGGCACGACCCUCGCCCCCGGUCCCACCCUCCACGACGGCCGGAACUUUCCUCUGGCUGCGCAGCUCCUCCUCUCGAUCGUUGAGCACAUGCGCCUUGAGGGUGAGGUCGAGGUCGAACAGCGAUGUGGGAGAGGCGGGCGGCACGACUGACGGGCAGGGAAGGGGGCGGGGGGAGGGGGCGUGGGCGGGGUGGUUGUGGUGGGAGAAGGGGGAGUCGUGUUGGGCUGCUGGUGAUGGGUGUGGGAAGGGGUAGCCGGCCGAGUAGUGGUAGGGGUGCACGUGGGCGUAGGGGUACAUCUGGGGGGUCGUCGUCAGUGUGUGGUCUUGCUCAUCGAAAGGGUAGCCGUAGCCGUGCCCGCCGCCAUAGCCGUCGGCCGCACCCCAUGCGGCCCCUCCUCCCCCCAUUGUGUGCUGGUGGUGGUGGUGGUAGUGUUGGGUGUGGGUGUGGUCGGGGAGGGGUGAUGGUCUUACCAGUAUGUUCUGCCCGUGGACAUCCUGGUAGAGUGAGUUCCAGAGGAAGCGGGUCUCCUCGGGGGUCUUCUUGAACUCCACCUUGAGGCGCUUGCCCUGGAUGGUGUAGCCGUUCAUCUUGAGGACAGCCGUCUUGGCCUCCUCGGGCGUCUCGUACAGCACGAACCCGAAGCCGCGCGUAGUGCCGUCCUGCUUCUUGACCACACGGCAGCUCACCACAGUGCCGAAGUGUCCGAAGUGCUGAACGAACACAGCACACACCAGACAGACAGAGAACACAGAGUGAGAUCAAUCAACACUCGGGGAGAUGUAUGUGUGUGUGUGUGUGUGUGUUGUGGGUGUGUUGUGGGUGUGACACGAUACCUCCUCGAGCUCCUUGUCGUUCCAGUCAGGCGGCAGAUGGAACACUGCACACACACACACCCGACCAACACACACAUGCAUGUGUGUCUCGUCUCCCUCCCAGCUUCCCUCCUGUCUCGGCCUUUGCCAUGCGGUGCUCACCGAACAGGUUUCUGUCUCUGUGUUCGCGCUUGAGGUCGGUGUGUCUGAGUGCGCUCUUGGUGAGGGCGCCCGUGCGGCCCGUCUCGGAUGGGGCGGUGCUCAUGGCCGUGGUGGGCGUCGGCUUGUCGCGGUCCUCGUCGGUGUUGGUCUUGCCCGGCACACGGAUUGUGAGCGCCUGCUUGGCCGCGGGCGGCACUCCCUGCUGCUGGGUGGUGUGGUCGUCGCUGUUGGCGGCGGAAGCCUGUGUGGCGGGGGACUGCUUGGAGGAGGGUGGGUCGAAGUAGGUGGUGGGCGAGUCAGAUGUGGACGGGGUGGCUUCCUCACUCGUGUGGUGCCCGGCGUGAGUCAUCAGAUGAAUGCACAGACGGGGACACGGCUCCCCGAGAGACACGAGCAAUCAGCUGACGUGACGGCACACACUCGGUCGGGCGGCCUGGUCGCAGGGCGGAGACAGGCAGGGUGGAUGCGGCUCCUGCUUGUCUUGCUGCCGUUGCUUCACUCAGAUGGCGGCGUUGCGGGCAGAGAGAGACGCGGGUGAGACAGAGGGGAGCUGUGCGACACAGGGGAGGGCGGCAGGCGCCACCAGGCCGGGAGGGAGGACGUUGCACCAGAGAGGGAGGCAGCUCAGGUGAAACCGCCUCAAAGCAAGACAAAGCUGAGAGAGAAGGCCACGGACGGGGAGUCGGAG